AUGGAGGUUGUUAACUUGGGGACGGAAAACACUCAAAACGACAAUGCUCUUAUCUCCCAAAUAAGGCCUAUUCAAAUGGGCAACAGAGUUAACAACAAUUCAUUGAUGCGUCAAUUGAAUGGGCCUGUGAGAGAGGUUGUUAACUUGGAUAGGCAAAACAAUCAAAACAACAAUGCUCUUAUCUCUCAAAAAAGGCAUAUUCAAAUGGGAAACAGAAUUAACAACAAUUCAUCGAUGAGUCAAUUGAAUGGGCCUAUAAGAGAGGUUAUUAACUUGCACAAGCAAAACAGUCAAAACAACAAUGUUCUUAUCUCUCAAACAAGGCCUAUUCAAGUGGGAAACAAUGUUAACAACAAUUCGACAAUCUCAUUGAUGAGUCAAUUGAAUGGGCCUAUGAGAGAGGUGGUUAACUUAGAGAGGCAAAAUAAUCAAGACAACAAUGCUCUGAUCUCCCAAACAAGGCCUGUUCAUAGUAUUAACAGAGUCAACAACAAUUUGCCAAUCCCACUGAGGGGUCAAUUGAAUGGGCCUAUGAGAGAGAUGGGUAACUUGGAGAGGGGAAACAAUCAUCAAGGCAACAAUCAACACAACAAUAUAUUUAUCUUCCAAACAAGGCCUAUUCAAGUGGGAAGCAGAGUGAACAAUGCAACAAUCCAAUUGAUGGGUCAAGUGAUUGAGCCUAUGAGAGAGGUGGUUAACUUGGAGAGGGAAAACAAUCAGCACAACAAUGGUGAGAAUGAGUUAGAUUUAACUCCAAGGUUAUAA